AUGUCCAGCUUUAAUGCGAUCAAUUUAGCGCCCCAGGACGAUGAAGUAGAAGCUGAAGAACAUACAAGGGAAUUACAAAUUCAGGAAGGGUUCAAGAUAUACGAAGAAGCACUGUUAUUACUUAAUGAAAAGAAAUUUGACAAGUCAAACGAAAAAUUUGAAGAAUUGUUCAAGUUAGACGUUAUUGUUCCCGAUAAAUGGGGUAUUUACAGAUAUUCAUCACCAAUAUUAGAUCGUUUAAGAUACCUCACAUAUAGAAAUAGAGGAAUGUAUUAUUAUACAUACAUAUUAGAGAAUCAUGAAUCGUUGGAUCGUUCGGAUGUUGUAAAUAAUAUUUUAAAAGUGGUAGAAAAUCUGAUAGAGGCUAUUCAACACGAUGACCCUGAUAUUGCCGUAACGAAUUUAUUAGUGCAAUUAUUUCGUGGGUUUAAAUCAAAAAGACUGGAGAGAUUAAUCUUAGAAUGUGAACUGUCGAAGAAUGAUAAUCAAUUACUGCUAACAGGUAGAAGAAGGAAGACAUUAUUACCCCAAAUUGAAAUGCUAGUUAACCAUUAUUGCUCUCUAUUGACGAAAUUCGAUGAAGAUAAUACAUUAGAUUUCAUCCUUGCAAAAAUUCCUACAAAGACAGGUAUUAAACAAACACAUGAGGAUUCAAAUGUGCUCAAGUUAAAUCCAAUCCUAGACAAAAUCAAGAAAAUGAAAACUGAAGAUGAGGACUUAAUGAAAUCGUUAGAUACAUUUGCCAUAGAUAUCAAAGAACUGGAUUGGGAGAAUGUUGUAUCUUCUUUAUCUUCUUUAUUACCAUAUGCAAAGACUUCAAAUUUGUUAGGGAGAAAUUCAGAUCCAUAUAAUGAACUCGAGGAACCAAUAGAAGCUAUUGAAUUUGUUGUGAAACCUGGAAUAAUAGCCAUGGAACAAAAUAUUUUACAAAACAAAAAAGACGAUAUAGAACUGACACCUGUAGUAACUGAAACAAUUUUACCUAAUGAAACUACAUCUGCACCAUUGGACGCCAUUAAUAAUAAAGAAAAAAAUAUAGAUGAAUCAGAUGUCACUAAGAGGGCCCUCAAAAGAUCAGCUGAAGGUGAUAGCGCAGCGGCUCGAAUAGUACAGAGAGCGAGUAAAAGAUUUAAAGAAAGAGACACACCUACCAAUGAUAAUAAGACACACCUAUCAUUGAACGCUCAUGAAAUGUUUUUAGAUGAAUAUGGCAAGAUAAUUGCAGAACUAUCAUAUAAGGUACCAUUUCUAAUAUCCGAUCUCUCAAAAGAAAGUUCCGAAAGCAAUAAAGAUUUAUUAUGGUACUAUGAUUUAUUACAUAGCCUCGAUAAUUGGAAUAGCACGUACGCUGAUAUUUUUACUAGAGGAGAGCAAACCAAAAAAAAAGCAACAAAUCCAACUUCUAACAGAGAUGAGAUACUCCAAUUAAACGUCUUAUUAAAGACAAAUAUACUGGAAGAAAAGAACGAUAUGUGUGAUGUUACUGAAAAACUUAUUUCAGAUGAUUUAGAAAAAUUCAUUGCAAUUAUUAACUCUACUAAACCCCAUUUUCACGAGGCCAGGUUCUCUUUAUUAAAAUUUCUUCUUGGUAAUAACAAUGGUGAAAGAUUUGUAACAAAAUUUAUAUGGUCUAGUACUAUGUUGAAAGCCAUUGUUACGUUCGUACUUGGUAUUGAGCGGAAUCUCUAUGAAUUUAUUGUUUAUAAUAAAGACAAUAAUUGGUGUUUUGGUUUGUCGAUUUUAGAAAUUUUAGUUAAUUUUCUUGGUGAUAUUUGUGAAGAAAUGCGAACAAUUAAAACACAAAGUAACAAAAUGAAUGACUUAAAAUCGCAGCGAAAUAAGUUAGAGCGUAAAAUAGAUAGAUGGUUCUUACUAUUGGAACAUGGCGAGAAUAUCGAGAACAGUGCAUACAAUAACCUUCAACUGGAAUGGAUAAGAUAUUGUUAUAUUCAAAUAACUAAUGAAAUUACUAGUUCGCUCUUAUUCCAUUCAUUAGAAACUCUAUCCUCAAUUAUUAAAAAGAUAGAAACUCCUACUCAAGUAAAUUAUCCUAACUAUAAACAUAUCCCAACCCUAUCGUCUGAUUCUGUGAGAUCCCAAUUAAGUAAAAUAAAUAUUAUUCGCAACAUUUCUCUAACAGAGUUAAAUGAGAAUGAUUCUGCUAAUCAAGAUGAGAUAGAAAGGGAAAAUUUGCAACAUAUGCAACUUUUAGAAAGUAUACUUGUAAAGAGUCUCUACCCUGCGAAUAAUUCUACGAGUAAUGAUUUAGAAAAAGAAAUGAUUAACUUUAUAUCGGAGUCCCCGUUUAAUCUACAGGCUAAGUUAUGGGAGGUAUUAUUUCUAUAUUACUGUAAUUUAAAUGACGUGAAUGCUUCAUUAAGGGUUUAUUUUAAUUAUAUUCACUUAUUAAGAAUAGGAAUCUCAACCGACCAAGAUUACACAUCGUUAUCAGAAAUCCGUGUACGUAAGUUGCUAUUCAUUCUUUCAGCAGCGGGAUCUAUCUCCUUAAAGAUGUUGGAAUACUUGAAAAAUAAUAAGUGGGAUGAACCGAAAUUAUCUAUUAAACACGAGGCUGUUCAAGAUAUCUACCAAAUUUUUUUUGUGCUAUAUUCCAUAACGUAUUAUGAAACAAUUUCAUCCAAUGACCCAAACCUAACUUCUUUUUCGCACAAGGCUGUUAAAUCUUACGCCUUAGUUAAGGAUUAUUUGGUGUCAAUGGGAACUAUUCUUGUUUAUCUAUUUUGUUGGGAGUGUUACGCUCAAAAUAUCAUCGAAUACAACGAUUUUACGGUUCAGUACAUCUCACUUUUACACUCCUUUUUCGGUGCCCAGUCAUUUUGUGAUUCCGCCAAUGGGUUUUUUUUAUUAUUGUCUGAGAACUUGUUGUGUAGAUGGGCCAUAAAAGGAUCCUAUGAUUCUUUCAAGCAAGUUUUAUGGUGUCGCUAUCAUUAUUUACUCAAUACUGAGAGUGGAAACACAGAAACUCACGAGACCCAAACUACAAAAAUGAAUAAAGAGAAUGCAAUACCUUUAGGUAUAUACCUAAUGAGAUAUCAGUUUAAAGAUUCUAAUCCCCUUUUAACAUCCAGCAAUAAAUCCUCGAUAAAGCAAAUCUUAGACAAUAUUAUCGAAACCGUAGGAGACCCUAUCAUUUCAGACAAUCAUAUUUUAGGUCGUAAUGAAUAUUUGUUUAACAACUUUUUGAGUAAACCUAUCACCAUAUCAUUAUUACAACGUGCGUUAAAUGGCUCAUCUCUAUUGACCUUGACGACACCAAAUGACGAUCUACAGUGUGGAAUGGAUGCCGGAAUUUUCUAUGUCGCAAGCAUCCAGACAAUGAACCUCUACAAAAUCAAAAAGAAAGCAAUGCAGGCUAGACCUUCCGAACUAGACUCAAUAAGGAGAUCUUUGCGAAACGAUAUUUUAUACAAUACUAAGAGAUUUGAGAGCUGGUAUUUGCUUGGUACUUGCUUCUCUUAUAUUGUUGAGGAUGACCUAAUCUGGACCUCUGACAAAAUUUCUGUGAUCGAAAAAAAGCGUACCACUGCGGAUACACAGCGAAAAGCCAUCUUAUGUUACAUCAUGGCAUUAUCAUUGUAUUUUGAAAUGGAUGACCCUUUACCAGAUGAAACUAUAGUUAUUGGUCAAACCUUCGAGGCACUCGGCAAUGAACUAAUUAGCGCCUAUUAUAAGCCAAUGGACAAAAUCUCUUUUUCGUGGAAUUUCUCGAACAAAAUAUUACAAUUGUCAGAAGAUAGAAAUGUUGCUGAGUCCCAAACCGAUGAAUACACAACUAUUUCAAAUUUCAAUGUAGAACAAGCUAUAGUUCUCUGUUUUAUGAAGGCAAAUCAUUAUCUGAGUAUUUCUCAGAAACCCAAUUGGUGGAAUGACUACAAUCUAAGUAAGAUGCUCUUCAAGAUAAACAAAACAACCUACUAUAACCAGGCUUACAAUUACAUAUUAAAAGCUGCCAUUACUGCAACAAAAAUGUUUUCUAAAAGUAAGGAUGCUAUCAUUGAGCCACAUUUUUACCUAAUCAAUAUUUGUUAUAAAAUGGUGUCACUAGAAUUGGUUUCUCCAUGUGAGGCUCUUGGUAUGAUUUCCAAGGAUAAUAGAUUCUUUUCACAAAAUGAUGAAUUCUGGAUAUUACAAAGCAAUGGAGAGCUCAAUCAAAACAAGAAGCAAUUUUAUCAGAAAGUAAUUACUCUUUUAAGACAUACAUUAUCGGAAGACAAAAAAAAGCUACAACAUCGUCCCCAGUUUCGAAUCGCAAAGAUCCUCUACGAUGAGUUUCGGGAUACUGAACUAGCUCUCAAAGAAAUGGAAAAUAUGGUUUCAAUUAAGAAUUCUAAAAAUUUAAUAAAUAUUUGGAAACCAGAUUUUGAAAGACCCGGAAAACAUUUCGUGUAUGCAUACGAGUAUGUUAUGUUUUAUAUCAAACUCUGUCUAGAACAGAAGAAUUUUAAUGCAAUUGCAAUAAUUAUCAAGAAAUUAAGAAGGUUUGGAUCGGGAAUAGCGUAUGUAAACGACGCAAUUGACUCGUCCAUUAGAAACUACAACCUAUGCAUUGAAAAAAAGCUAGAAAUUACUGACAAGAAAUACAUCGAGAAUCUAUUUUUACAGCUUAGUUAUCAAACAUUCCUCAAGGUGAGCAAGAAACUAUUUGAGGAAUUCGAUGCAAAAGAUUAUACAGAAGAAUAUAUUGAUGGACUACGAUAUGCGUUCCAAUUAAAAAAAGGAAAUAAUGGUAUAGCCUUCGACAAUGUAUGCCUUUCAAUCUAUUUUAAAUGUUUUUAUCUACCUAAACUCCAAACUGAGAUAGAUGAAGAAACUGGAGGUAAUCUUGCUCAGAAAGAUACACCAGAAGCUCGAUUUCAAGUACCAGAAAUUCUGGAACCUCUAACAAAACCGGAAAGUAAAAUACCUACUAGUCCUAAACAGAAUGGGGUUAAGAAGAGAAUAAGUAAAAAGGAAGCUUUUGACAGAAUAAGAAGUUUAGUUGAUAAAUUCCCCUGA